UUCAGAUCAACCUCAGUCUUAAAUCUCUAUUUCUUAACUCGGCUCUGAAAACAACCGCUCAUUCUACUCGCCCGGUGUUCAUGACGCUGCGGAGCCUUUUAGUCCCUCCACUCUUGUAAGAGGAGUCUAAGUUUUGAGUCCAAAAAAUACAUACUAAUAAUAAAUCCCUUUCAGAUUCGUAUAGCCUUAGAUUCGCUAAAUAAAGCACACAAUCUAAGACACUACAGUAUGGAAUUUUUCCGCUCGUCUCUCAGACGACAGUCCUGUCCUGGUGUGCUGGUACACAAGCGCCGAUACAAAAAAACAAACAAUACUCUACAGCUAACCAAUGACGACCAACGGCUCGUCAACAAAGAAAACAAAAUGUUUAUUCUCUUGUGAACCCAUGCACUUUCGAGGACAAAGACGAAACUUCCCUUUCAGAGAGGAAGGAAGUGAAGCGCUCGGAAAGAGAUGUCUGUUUCCUUGAACCACUGCAGUUUCUAGAGAGUACAAUUUUCAGCACAAUUCUCAGAAAUUCGGGAAAGCACAUAAUGACGACCUAGGAAUUGGAGUAGAUUCACACCAACAAAACCUGAAAAGAAAUUUUCUAGCUUUGAGAAACUCAUUUAAAGUAUUGAACUUCUGUUUCAGCAAAGUGACUGUAUUCAAGAUACCGAGGCGUAUGACGUUGUUUGCUAAUUGUGACAUUUGUUAUUUACAGCUCACCAGGAUCAAAACGGAAAUAAAGAGAAAAGGAAAGAAUAACAGUUGAGGUGCAAUGACAUCACAAUGAAAACUGCCUGUCGAUUGUAAAAUAACUGACAGCAAGUGAAAGACUUGAGGCUGGUUAAUGAUAUGGAACGCCAUCAAGAUGCUACGUUAUUGCCGCCUAAUUUGAAUAAAAGGGUGUUAUAUAAUUUUGAACAAUAGAUACGAUUCAAUCAAGAGAUAUUUUCGCUUCCCUUCCCUUAAGUUACUUAACAACAAGUCAAUGUUUUUUUUGGUAGAACAAACAUUUCUUUUUCCGUGACAAUGCAAACGCCUCAACUGAAGCCUGUGAGUCAAGAUGAAAGAACGUUCCCGCGAAUAUUUACACAGAUAGCGGUCGAGCUUGUACAAGGUCAACAAAGCGAACUAACAACAGCGGUGACACGUAAUAUAGCUAAUUUGAAAGUUAAUUUUUGCAUAGUUGUAGAGGAGGAAUAAAUGGGUGUAGUGGAGCAGAGACGGAACGGGAUUUUUCAGUUCUGCUUGACACCAAGUGAAGACCAGAAAGUCCCGGAGCAUUAUAGCGUUUGAGAUGUACCCUUGAAUGUUUCUUUCUGCGCUCGAAGAAUUUCAAGAGAAUCUGUCGUCUGAGUAACAAAAUUUGGAGGGAAGAAUGCAGACAAGCGGUUGAAUCGACUAAUAUACUGACAACAAACACACCAAGUGAUCGCCAGAUAAAGAGGUGUUUGAACAAAUGGGACCACAUUCAGGAGCACAAAUUUAAUAACCUCGCCUUCUUUGUGUAGGUGAAAACUCAGUCACUAGGCAGUCCACAUGAGUUGUGCAAACUUUUUAAAACUUCUCUUUCGCUCGCGAAAGGGCGAUCUAACAGACGAAGACACAUAUUUCAACCGGUGUUUGACUGUCCUGGAUGUCAUUUUGCUGGGAAUGGGUUCCAUGUUAGGACCUGGUUUGUACGUAGCCACAGGACAAAUCGCUCGAGAUACAGCAGGGCCAGCCAUUGUGAUUUCUCUCAUGAUAGCAGCAGUCCCAGCUAUUUUGUCUUCGCUGUGUUACGCCGAGUUCUCCGCUCGAGUCUCAAAGACUGGAUCAUCGUAUUUGUAUACAUACCUCGCUCUGGGUGAGAUAUGGGCUUUUAUAAUUGGAUGGAACCUUAUUUUGGAAAACGUUCUCGCUAGCGCACUGCUGGGAAAUGAAUUUAGCAAGUUUGUGAAUUCUGUUAGCGGCGAUCGAAUCUCAGAUUUCAUGACGGAAAAUGUGGCUAAUUGGACCGUGAAAGGGUUUCGACGGUUUCCAGAUUUCAUAGCUUUUGGUAUCGUUAUUUUCUUCGCUCUUAUGGCUGCCACAGGGCCACGAAAACCAGCCUUGUUCAUGCGAUUUGCGACUCUGAUCAAUCUGCUGGUGGUGUUGUUUAUUGUACUGUCUGGAUUCUACUUCAUGGACACAACUAAUUGGGAGACACUUGAAAAAUUCGCGCCGUUCGGAUUCGAUGGCAUCAUGCAAGGCGCAUCUCUUUCUUAUUUUGCGUUUCUCGGUUUCGACAUCAUUAACUCCGCCAGUGAAGAAACGAAGAAUCCUCUAAGAGCCGUUCCAUUCGCUAAUGCUGUGAGCACGUACAUUGGUGUGUUCAUAUACCUGAUUACUGCAGCGAUAUUGACACUGAUUAUUCCGUACAACCAGCUCAGUUUCUACAGUCCGCUACCUGACGCAUUCAGUUAUACGGGUUUCAAAGUUGGCAAAUACUUUGUUGCCAUCGGUGGAUUCUUUGGAAUGUCAACCGCUAUACUCACCUUCACCUACGCCGGCACCCGUUUAAUUUACGCCAUGGCAAAUGAUGGACUUUUAUUUCAAAGUUUAGCUAAGAUCAGUAACAGAACUCAGAUCCCUUUAAGAGCUGCGUUAAUUUUCGGCAUCAGCGCGGCAGGAAUUGUUUUAUUCCUAGAUCUCAAUGACCUGGUUGAGAUGCUGUCUAUAGGAACACUUAUGGCCUACACUGCAGUAUCGCUAGCUGUUUUACUUGAGCGCUACAGACCUUCUUCGUCGAAAUUUCAGGACGAUGUCGAAGAGGACGAUACGACAGAUGACGAAACUGCCACUUGCUGUGUAAAGCUAAGUAGUGGGAUAAAGAAACGAUUCUCUAAAUCAUUAACAAGCCAAAGAACUAAAAACGACUUGCGCACCAAGCUAGGGGAGACACCAAACCAGGAAACACAUCGCAUGGCGGGGCUUGCGUCAGCCUGCCUUCUCUUUUCCGUUUACGGUUUUUGUAUGACCGUAUCUCCUGGCAGUGGCUUGCCUCACAUCGCACAACAGAAUCCUGUCGUCAUAUUUGUCUCUUGUCUAAUGGCGCUUAUUGGUGUCCUUUCAUUGGUGUUACUGUUCCUGCUGCCGACCAGGCAGAUGAGAGUUAUACACGCAGUACCAUGCACUCCGUUUGUUCCACUGACCAGUAUCUUUACAAAUAUCUAUCUGCUAACUAAUUUGUCUCGGUGGACCUGGGCCCGGUUUGCUGCCUGGAUGUUUAUUGGUAUGGCUAUUUACUUCAUGUACGGCAUCCAUCAUAGUAAACAAGCCUUAAAUGGAGAUGGUGACUUUCUACAGCGACUCACUCAGCCAAAGCGUACCGGGACACCAAGCAGUGACGAAGGACCUCUGUCACCGACCAGCGACAGCGAGAACGAUGAUGAAGGAUUCCAGUCUAACUUAUUGACGAGCGAGGAUGAUGCUCAUUAAAGAGCACAGGGAUUGAAUGAUUCUUUUUCUUGCUCUGAACAGUUACAUCACGUGACAUACUCACUAUACACUUUUCACUCGAUAUUGUUUGUAUAUAUAUAUAUAUAUAUACCCAAUCUGUCAAUCAUACCGGGUUACCUAGCAACCUUAUUAAAUAAGGACAUAACUA